AUAAUGUUCCAAUAAUGUUUUAUGUAUUAUUAUUAAAAGUUGGAUGUUUCAACAACUGGAAGACCUGUGAUGACCAGCUUUUUCCUCAGUGUUGCAAAAGUUUCAUAUCAAAGGUCAGCUACGAAGAAGCCGGAUGAACAUCUGGAGGAAGACGGCUCAGACACUAAAACCCCCAUCCACAAUGUACAGGUUUAUGAUUUGAGAGGAUCAUGGAACCAGGAGAAUCGGACUGUUCUGAUUGGUCUGUAUGACAGUUAUAUGAAGGCACAGUCACUGAAGCGUAACCUUUCAUCAGAGGCCCUGAAAGGGUUCAAAGUAGAGGGAGGUGGGAAUGCUGCUAAUAGUAAAUCCAACAUAAAAGGUUCAAACCUUUCAAUAGAUGCACAAGAUGUUGCCACACCGAGUCCCUCUACCAAGAUGCAGACUAGUCACGCUCACACUAUGCUAAUGAAGCUGGUGGCUGAGUCAGACAGUAAAUCUGUUGCUUUUACAGAAGAACCAUCUAGCACAAACAUGGAUCAGUUACAAGGAGUUGCUGCAUGUCAGAAAGACGAUGUCAUCCAGAAAAAAUGGCUGAUUGAGUUACAUAACAGUCAGCUGAUAGUGAAAGGUUGUGAGACACUUGGGUUUGUCAUCGUGGCCGCUGCCAAAGCCAAAAUAUUGUCAUGUGAUCACAUGCCUAUCUGGGUACGAGACAAUCAGCUCCGUAGCAAGGAUACAUGGGUUGGAUCUCUAGAUUGUAUGCAGUACUAUGCUACAGUUGACCCAGAACAUGAAUUUAGUGAUGACAAUAUUCCAUGGUUGUCCAAGACUCAUGUUGAGGACAGGUCUGAACCUGAACUCUCCAGUCUGCAAGAGAUGGCAGGAAGUGGGCACAGUGUUGGCGGAGUUGUCAAUAUCAACUACGGUGGAGUACAUGUACAAAUGCAGAGAAUCAUAUCAAGAUGUAAAUGCCAGUUCUUCUAUGUAAAUUAUGGUGAGGCAGAUCCUGUCUUACUGCAAGAAGUACCACCACCUCCAUCCGAUGAUUCUGAUAUGAUGCAGAGAGACGAAGGAGUGGAUACAUUUACCCUGUUACAUCAUGAUCUCAAUGUUGUCACUAACUCUUUGCAGUAUAAGAUCAUUUUGGACAUUGUCAACAAUCUUUUACUUCAUGUAGAGCUUAAGAAAAGGGAAGCUACAGAGAAGCUACAGAGCAUGAGGUUCCAGCUACAGCUGUCGAGAGUGGAGGACCAGAAAACACCAAUCCUCUCACUGCAGGAAAGUGUCAGGGAACAAACAGAGAAGUAUAGGUAUUACGAGAGAGAAUUGUUUCACAUUAUAAAAGCCAUGGAAGAAGAAGAAAAUGUAAGUUAUGCAGCAGACUUGAUUGAAGACCAGGAGAGGCUGGAGUGUAAGUUACGACAAUGCAAGGAGAAAAUCAACAGUCUGAAUGAGGAAUUGUCCAUACGAAUCAGUUGUUUUAAGGAGAGCCAGCUUCAAGUUCAGGCAACGUUACAAACCAAACAGACACAACAGGCAUACGUGAUCAGGAGGAACGAAGUUUGCUUCAAAUUUGCUCAGUGGCGUUUAACCGAACCAGAUGGACAAGUAGGAAUUGCCGAUUUAGCAUUGAGGAAUUUUGUAUACACAAAGGUGAAUCGAGAUAACGAUACUUGGAGUCAUCAGGUGGAACUUGGCUGGGUCAAGGCCACUAAUUUAUUGCCAAAUUCAAUAUACAAGGAUGUGCUUGCACCACGUGACCCACCUGGUCGUGAUGACAACAGACAGAUGACCUUAAGAGUGCUAUGCACUGAACGUCCUCCAGUGGGUGGAAUAGCAGUAAAGGAACAUUUUGAGGUGAACCUAGUACCACUUCAGAUACAGAUGACAUACCAGCUCUUUAAGAAGGUCAUGGAAUUCUUCUUCCCUGAUAAAAACAUUGACAACGAGGACCAAGAUGAUGAUAUGGAAGGUGCAACAGCUUCAAAGUCAUUUUCAAAAUCUGAGAAACGAUCAACACAGAAAAAGGAAGUGAAAAGAUCGCCAUCUUUCACAGCCACAGAUGAUAUAGAUAAAAUGAAGGAAAGAGCUGCCAACAACAAUACCUUCUUGUACAUCAAGAUCCCAGAGGUGUCCUUAAGAGUUUCUUAUAAGGGAGAAAAGGAGAAGAAUAUAGAGGAUGUACAUGAUUUCAGUUUGGUAUUACCUACACUAGAAUACCAUAACUGUAUAUGGACAUGGUUUGAUCUACUCUGGGCAAUGAAGAAUGAUAGCAAGAGGGUGCUCAUAUCUCAGGCCAUCAAGCAGAAGUUACAUAUGAGGAGUAGACUGACUGAGGAACCACCUGUAACUGACGUACAACAGGAAGAGGAUAAGGCUAAAAUGCUGCUGGGUGCUAAACUUCUGGCUCCUCAGGAAAAACCAGCCAAGAAAACACUGUUUGGAAAAUCACAGAAGUAGUUCCAAAUAAACUUGACAAAGAUAACUAUUAUUUCAGCAAAAUCCUAGGAGAGGAAUAUAUUAUUGUUAAAGAUUGUGUAAGGCUUGGCAGCAGUUACUUGAUAGUUAGUCAAUGUUUUUCACAUGCCGUGACCUUGGACAUAUACACUACUUCACAGAGCUUUUGCUUUGACCGUACAUGUAUUUGCAUUGUCUUUCAUAAAUUGUAAGAGUUGAAUUUGCAAGACACAUUUGCCUGAAGAUCAUUUUGUUGCAUUGUUUACUUAUGAUAUGUUGAUGGCCCUUUCCUGUGUUAAACUCAAAAUACACUUUAGUUUAUGUAUGCCUUAAAAAUUACUGAAUUACCUACUUAACACUCCACAUUUUUAACUGGAUCAUAAUAAAACAUUGUAGUAUGAUUGUCCCUAUGAUACCUAGGUCAGACAUGAAACUAAACUAUCUUGGUGAAGAACUAGGUCAGUAGAUUAAAUAAUAGAGAGACUUAGUUAAUACUCAAAAGGCCACUUUUUCUACCCUGGUCUUCAUGAUACUUGACCAGAAUGUUUAUCUGUAUAAAAUCUAGGGUAAAUUUAUAACUUGGUUACAUGGGUAAAAUACUGGGUCACCAGGUGGGAACAUUGAAAAACUUGGUUUAUGAUAGUCUUGAUUUACGUGAAAUAUUGUCAGGAUGUUUGCUUUUAUGAAACCUGUUUUAAGGAUAACAUGGUGUAAUAGGCCUCAAUUUCACCAAAAGCGUGCACACAACUUGAUAAUGUAAGCUUUAAAAAUGUAAAACGAUAGAAAUAAGGUGCAUAUUGACAAGUUAUAUAAUGAUUGAAAUUCUCAAGAAUUUCCUUUAGAUUACCUCCCCUGAUUAUUUUAGUUUUUUAUGAGUUAUCUCCCCUGAAAACUAGAAAAAAUGAUUUUCUCCUUUUCCCUAAGGGGAAUUUAGAUUUCUUUUUGAUAUUUGUAUCAGAAUCAUAUAAUGCAGCUUUCUACCGCAAAAUUUUCUCAAAACUCGAGUUCAGAUUAUCAUAAUCAAAGAAAUUAUAUAUUCCCCAUAGGCAUCAAUUUUAUUUUCAAUACCGAUUAUCUCUCCAAAAAAUGAUAAAAUUUGAAAAAUCUCUCCGUGAAAAGUUUUUAAUUUUGAAUGUCUUUAAAGUGACCAAAUUUCAUUUAAAUAUUACCAUCCAGUUACAAGAUAUGAAAUAUGGCUAUUACACCAUGUUAUCAUUUAAUGUAUCACGGAAGUGUUCCUUAAGUAACCAUGGUGGACAGAUAGCUCAGUGGUUUGCACACUGGCCUUCCAAUCCUGAGGUUGGGGGUUCGAUCCCCGGCAGCUACUCGGGAAGUUUCAGAAACGCUUUUCAGUGUUUCCCACCCAACUAGAGGUGUACUGGUCAGGAACACUGGUAUCAGUGCUAUAUACUGGGCACGUUAAAGAACCAGGCUGUCUAUUCGAAACGAGCUAGGCUAAGUUAGCCGGAAAAGCCUGUAUCUGAUUUCUGAUCUCUCUGUCGUGGGGGCUUUGUCUCACUCUGUCCCUCUGGUCAGAUUGCUCUGUGUCUGUACUAGUAGAGGAUGAAUUAUGCGCCCUUUGUGGCUGCAUUUGAACUAUGUAAAGCGCCUUUGAACGUGAAAUUGAUGAUGAAAAGGGCUCUAUAUAAAUCUAGUAUAAUUAUAAUAAUAAUGUUCCAAGUUUGAUCAAAUUAUUCCAGUUUGUUGAAAAAAACAUGGCCACCAGAGGAGGUGUAUGUAAACACCAUUUCAUAUAUGUACAUGUAUACAGUAUUUACUACAUGCAUAUAGUGGAUACUUUAAAAAUCCGAAAAUGCUAACUCAAUUUCAAAAUAAUUACACAGAUAUUUUCCAUUUGCGACCUGGUCGAUAAAAAUUGCUCGGACGAUAUGUGAAACUCAUGUGAGUGAUCUAGGGCCGUCAUGACUCUCUUGUUGUUUGUUUGUGUGUUUAACAUUGAUUGUUUAGGAAGUUAACCAAAAUAAGUUCAAAAUUAUGUAGAGUAAAUAUUUUAAGUUCUGUUAAAGGGGUGCAAUACUUUUGAUAGAUAUUUUUAGAAUUUGUAAAAUUAUUUGUAUUGUUAUGAGUAAAUGCAGCUUAUUCUUAGGUUGCUACAUUUUCUUUGAAUGCUGAUUUUAGCUAAUGUUAUUUAUUAUGGUAUGCUGUUAUUUAUAUACAUGUAUAUUUAUUAAAGAAAAUAAAGGUCACUAACUAUCA